GUUUAUUGAAGUGAUUUGUUUUGGCUAUCGGCGAUUUUUGUUGAUAUAGUUGUUCAUCUGUAAUCAAAUAUGUAAUGAGCGAUUCCGGCGAAACGGAUGUUUUGUUACUAAUUCCACCGGAUUUCUUUAGCAUAGAAACGGGUUCCGCUUCAGUGCCCAGUGCUAGUUGCGAAUAUUACAGGGAAUACCCGCGAUCCUCGGACAGAUUGAGCAGCCGAGGAUCAUUCUCUUUUGCGCCUGGAUAUCACGAAUCGAUCGAUCGACAAUCGUACAUCAGUUCCAUUGGGGCAAUGAGCGGCGAUAAAAGAAACGAUUAUUACUACAAUGAGACGGGAAAUGGAUACGGAUUUCCAACGCACGCAGAUGCUUGUAAUCUGUUUUAUUCAACACCUAUUAAAGGGCAACUAGGGAACGACCAUAAUGCGCAACCCAAGGACCAACGUCUAUUACACGAAAUAGAUCAAUUUUUACAAGAUGGAAAUCAGCCAGCUAGCCAAGGAGUCCUACCUGUUGAAUCGCGGAAGAGUCUGGAAAGCUCUCUGAUUGAUAUUAAUAGCGUGUCCGUCAGCGAGUUUCCCUCACUUACAAAUGCCGAUUUCAAUGGAUUUGCUAAACCAGUCGUAAACAGUAUACCGCAGAAACCCCCACGGAAGGAUUCGCAGCAGACUUCCACAUGGUCGUCACUUGGUACACGAGCUCCGAUGUUGAGUCUUAACGACAUAUGGAAGAAUAAUGCAAUCAAUCAAGAAAGUUCUAAAGUGCAAGAAGAACGGCUGAGGAGGCAGCAUUGUGAGCGGAACAUUCAUGCACUUCAAGCGAAAUUACUUGAAUAUGAGCAAAAAAUUGCUGUGGCAAUUGAUGUAGACAAAGAGAAGGAAGCAAUAAUUCAUCGGUUAGAGGAAGAAUCUACGCGGUUCAAUAAUCAAAUUCGUGAUCUUGAAUUGAAACACGUUGAGAGUCAUGAAAAAUUAAUGCACGAAAAUUUAGAAUUGAAAAACAAGAAUCUGUUUCUGGAGAAGGAACUUUCCGAAACCAUUGCCGUUGUUCGCAAACUGCAGGAUAAAAAUGAAAUGUUGGAAUCAAAAGUAGAGUGUCUUACAACUGCUAAUCGAGACGUGACAGAUGUCCAUAAGAAUCAACUUAAAGAUUUAGAAAUACGGUUGUCUAACAGCAGAGAUAAUGAGCGCGGUUUAAGGGAUCAGUUAUCUAAGUUGAAAAAGACGAACGAUCAACUCACGGAUGAAUUGGAGGCUGAACGGAAAAAAGGACAGGACACGAACAAACUGAGGGCCGAUUUUGCUUCUCUCAAAGUUAAAACUGAUAAUUUGAGUCGAAAAUUUUCCGAUGCUAAUACACAAAAUGCUUCAUGCAAAGAACAGAUUAAGGAUUUAAAAAGUCAAGUUGAGUUUCAUUCCGAAGAGAAAAAGAAUCUUUUGAAAGAACUGGACGUUCAACGAAUGUCACUGAAAAAAUACUAUCAAUCGCAGCUGGAAGACGUUGUAGCUGAUAAGUUGAAGGAAUUUCAGAAACAGCUAUCGUCGGUAGAGGAGCAUCUCAAAACGGAUGCCAAAAAGAAGGAAAGGCUUUUGGCAGAACGUGCUAUCAAACAGAUCGAAAUGAUUAAUAAUGCCAAUGAACAAGAAAUCAAACUGCUCAAUGAAAAAUACGAUGAACAAGAGGCUCUCUAUCGUUUACAGCUAACCAAUUCAUCGAAAACCAUCCAUGAAUUGGAAGAAAAACUAGCUUCCUAUCAAAAUCGGAGGGUUGACAUCGCCUCACAACUUCAUUCGAUAAUGGAAGCGCAAUGGCAAAAGGCCCUGGAGGUGUUAACGUCUCCAGCAAGGAAUGCCGGGCUUAACGAGAACGACACUUCAUUUCGGUUCAGCAAAUUAUCGGUCGAUCAUAUCGAUAAAGAUCAACUGGAUGGAGUAGGUGCCCUUAAAAGCUUUACUGACAAUUGCACAUCAUUUCAAACCCCAGUGAGCAGCCGACAUCACACCAAACAGAACAGUUGCGCGGAGAAAACUUCUCUCCCCCGGGAUUUACUUCACAACUACAUCGAAUUGCUACUGGAGAAAACUCCUAACGAUUUGAAAGAAUUGGAAACUGUUUUGACGAGCUGCCGUAAGGAAACGAAAGGAAGUCAUGAAAAAGUUCAAACGGGCAACAAACAACACGCGGGAUCGACCACUAGCUUGAGUCAGCUGAGUAGAACGAUAGGAAAACCACCGAGGCCUUGGAAGUGAUAUUUAAGAUUUUCAUAUUUUGUACAUAUAUUGGCUAAGUUAGUAUAGUUGAUAAUGAAGGGUAUAUUAUUUUUACGCAAA